AUGCCAAAGUAUGUCAAGUUAUUGAAGGAGCUUCUUACAAAUAGGAAGAAGAUUGAAGAGGAGUCAAAGGUGGCUCUUAAUGAAAAUUGGUCAGCUGCAAUGUUGAACAAAUUGCCAAAGAAAAUAGGUGACCCUGGUAAUUUGACCUUGCCAUGCCAAUUCGGGAACUUAGCUACUAGUUAUGCUAUGGCUAAUUCAGGGGCAAGCGUAAACCUUAUGCCAUAUUCAUUCUUUAAGAAGUUGGACCUUAUGGAGCCGAGACCAAUUCGAAUGGCAAUUCAUCUAGCGAACAAGACGGUGACGUUUCCAAGGGGGAUAUGCGAGGACAUAUGGGUGAAAGUAGAUAAAUUUUUAUUUCCCGUGGAUUUCAUAGUACUAGAUAUGGAAGAAGACCAUCAAGUGCCAAUCAUUCUUGGAUGGCCUUUCCUAAACACCGUAAGUGCCAUAGUAAACAUAAGGGAAAGAAGACAAGUCAAGCGAAUCCACCAUUGCCUUUGA